AUGGUACCAUUUCACGGCGGUUGUAGUCGCCGGUAUGGGUUUUUCACAGACUCAUAUGAUCUCUUCGUGAUAUCUCUCAUCACGAAGCUACUUGGCCGGAUCUACUAUCAGGUUCCUGGCUCCUCCUCUCCUGGAAGCCUCCCCGACGGCAUCUCUGUAGCCGUGAGUGGUGUGGCCUUCGCCGGAACGUUUCUCGGACAGAUAUUCUUCGGAUGUCUUGGUGACAAGCUCGGACGUAAGAGAGUCUAUGGUUUAACACUCUUGAUCAUGACUAUUUGCUCCAUUGCUUCUAGUCUUUCCUUUGGGAAGGACCCGAAAACCGUCAUGGUAACUCUCUGCUUCUUCCGUUUCUGGCUCGGGUUUGGCAUUGGUGGUGACUAUCCUCUCUCGGCUACGAUCAUGUUCGAGUACGCUAACAAACGUACUCGCGGCGCGUUCAUAGCAUCGGUUUUUGCUAUGCAAGGAGUUGGGAUACUUGCCGCAGGAGGGGUUUCUUUACUUGUCUCGUAUCUUUUCGAGAUUGAGUUUCCGUCUCGGGCCUACAUAUUGGACGGCGCAGCCUCCACCGUCCCACAGGCGGAUUACGUGUGGAGGAUCAUCCUAAUGGUCGGAGCCUUACCGGCUCUCUUGACAUACUAUUGGCGUAUGAAGAUGCCUGAAACCGCUCGUUACACCGCUCUAGUCGCCAAGAACGCGGAGCAAGCGGCUUUGGAUAUGAAUAAAGAAAUUUUCACAGAAGUGGACGAAAAAAGAUUUGCUCUCACCAUUUGUCAAAGUGAGAACUGGUUUUCACGGUUUGUCUUUUCAUUCAAUUUCGGACCAAAUUACCCUGGGAAAACUUAA